GCUGUUGCUGUCGAGUGUCAAGUCAACCAGUCGGGCAAGUUCGUCAGUGUGGAGUAGCGUAUAGUCGCGCUCCUUCAGUGUCCAUUUUCUCGUUGUUUGUGAAAACUCAUCAGAGAAUUUGAACACUCAGGAUAAUGGCUAGUGAAGAAAACAACGUUGCUGCCGAGACCAAAGAGGUUCAGGAAACAGCUCCUGAAACUAAAACAGAAACGAAGGAAGCUCCUGAACAACCGGCAGCGCCUGCACCCGAGCCUCAACCACCAAAGCCCGUUGUGCGCAAAACAAAUUUCGAGAAAGACAUUGUGUAUUUGUAUCAGUUUUCGCGUACUCCGGUAGUUCCAUCACUCUCCCCUUAUUGCCUGAAAGUUGAAACCUGGCUGAGGCUUGCUGGGCUCAAAUACGAGAAUGUGGACCACAAAAUGAAAUACCGCUCGAAAAAGGGGCAGCUGCCAUUUAUUGAGCUGAAUGGAGAAGAGAUAGCAGAUAGCUCUGUGAUCAUCAAGGAGUUGGGACAGCAGUUCACCAAGGACCUGGACAUUAUCUUGGACAAUAGCCAGAAGAAUGUAUCACAUGCCAUGAUCUCCAUGAUUGAGAACCAUCUAUUCUGGGUUGUCAUGUGGUGGAGGACGAAACAAGCUGACAACAUCAUCAAAGGCUACAAGGUCAACUUGCAACAUGCUCUUGGCACUAGAAUACCAAAUGGCAUCUUAAAUUUCUUUUUUAAAUUCAGUUAUGGCAGAAAGGUAUGCGAUGAUGGUCUGAAGAAAGUUAAAGCCCAAGGAAUCGGUGUUCACAAACCAGAAGAAAUUGUAGAUUUUGGGAAGCAAGAUCUGAAAGUGCUCUCAGACUUAAUAGCCGACAAGCCAUUCUUCUUUGGAGAUGAACCAACAACGUUGGAUGUUGUCGCUUUCGCUAACCUGGCACAGAUCUACUUUGUGGACAAGGAGGUGUCAUUCCCCCUGAGAGACUUCAUGCAGGAGUCCUGUGCAAACCUGGUGGGGCUUGUCAACAGGAUGAAGGAAAAGUGUUUCCCUGAUUGGGAGGAUAUCUGCACGACACUGGACCUCAACUCUCACCUGCCAAAGCCACCACCAGAGGAGAAAGAGAAGGAUAAGGGUAAGGACGAGGAGAAGAAGGCAGAGAAGGAGGGUGAUGAGAAAGAAAACGAAAAGUCUGAGAAGGAGAUUGAGAAAGAGAAUGAGAAGGACAAAGAAACGGAUGAAAAUAAGGAUAAGGAGAAAGAAAAAGAAGACAAGUGAAGCAAAAGCUCCCAAAACCCCGACCCACCCAUGAACAAUUAAUUAGUGUAUAGCUUUUUAAGGUCAUUUUUAUUUUUUCUAAUAUGCAUUUAAUAUAUAGGACUUGUUGUGACCAUUAUGUUAGUGUGUAUUUUACAAGAGAAAGAUCUUUUUUAUUCCAGAACUGUAACUUAAAUAUCCAUUAAUUUAUUCUUCAUUCCAUCAGAUAAAUGUAUUUUCUAUGUAUAAUUUUUUAUUAUAGUAUAACUGCUUUUCUAUUGGCCAAUUCCUGAAAAAGGAACUUGUAAGGUUCUUUUUUCUGUACCUAUUUGUACAUACAAAUUAUUAUUAUUUAAAUACAGUAUUUGAUUAUUCAGGAAUUUAUAAACGUUAAACCUAGUUUCUGAGAGGAAUCGACCAGUAGAAAACCAAGUAUAGUCAGAGAAAUUUAGACGGUAAGACGUUUUAUAACUAAUCGGUAAGCUCAAAGCGAAAACGGUCUGCUCAUAAGGUGUGGUGUCGGGACCGGCCCCGAGUGUGGCCAACUGCUUUUCUUUUAUACAUACUUUCUUCCCUUCUAAUUGUUUAAGCAGCUCAUUGGAGUUCAGAUGUUUAUAUAGUAUAUAAAACGAGGUUUCAUUUCCAUGACAAGAUCGCUUGUUCAAGUAGAAUUAGCUUAGCUAGUUGUAUGUGUACAUCUACAGUUUCAUCUAUUUCAGUGAAUUGUGAUGAGAAAAUGGUUCUGUGUACCCUAUCCAAAAAUAGAUUGAGUUUGUAUAUUAUCAAUUGCUGCAUCUAAAUUAACAGUUCAACCAUAUCAAGGCCAUUCCAAGCACGUUCUGUUGUUUGUUUGUUUUAAAGAAUGACUGUAUUUCUGUUCAAAUUAUUUUAACUUAGAAAUACUCAAGAUAUGUUUAUUAUUAUGUAAGGCUAUAUCAUAGUAUCUUUGAUAUUAUUGUAACUAUGAUGGCUUCUAUUUAUUCUUUAAAAGGAGCUGUACAACACCUAAUAAAAGAAAGAUCUUUAAGUAAGGCUGUCA